ACGGGCCCGCUUCUCUGGGUGCUAUCUCUAGCGCCUGUCCGAUAGCCACUCUAACUGGCUUCGGGCACUGCGUACCUGCAGAUGGGCGAUAACAAUCAGAUCGCUGCCGCCAGUAUGGCAGCGCCCUCCAAGAUCGAGUCCCUGCCGGACGGAACCCCUAGCUCUAUCGAAUCAACUCCCGAACCAGACGGCGACGCCGAGCCUUCGCAGGAGCCGGUUCAACCUCAGAAGCGCAAGGGUGGACGAAAGCCGAUCUAUGCGACGUCGGAAGAGCGAAAGCAACGCAAUCGGCAGGCUCAGGCCGCGUUUAGAGAACGUCGCACCGAGUAUAUAAAACAGCUCGAAGCAACGAUCAAGCAGAAUGAGGACUCGCUCGCCAGUCUGCAGCAAAGCCACAGGACGGCGGCCGACGAGUGCCUCAUGCUGAGGUACAAGAACUCGUUGCUCGAACGGAUCCUACUGGAGAAAGGCAUCGACGUGCAAGCAGAGUUGCAGAUGAAGACUUCGAGUCCAGUACUGGGUCCUGGCUUCAUGACCCACACCGGCCUUGCUCCUGUGCAGCAACCUCCACUUCAACGGACCGCGCUGCAGAGACAGCAAGCUCGACGAUCUGCAGGCCAACCACACCUGCCCAAGCUCGCACCAGGACAGUCGAACACUGACAUGAACUUAUCAAAGACCUCGCCGCACGCCCAUCCGACUCCCUCGUCUCACGCGUCCUCUCCAUCUCAGAUGUCGACCAGGUCACCAAUGGUAAUGCAACAAGGUGGAACUGCCUCGCCCACGUCCGGUCAAUCGCAAGCACAGCAGUUCCACAACUUUGCUCGCUCGUCCCAGCAGCAGCAUCCUAAUCACAGCCUUUACCAAGCUCCACAGCACGCUAUCAAUGGCCAAAGACAAGUGCAGCGACCUGCGCCUUCUCCGGUGUUUACCAACAGCUCCAGCGGCACGAAUCCUCACAGCAUGGGACAACCCAUGCAUGUUGGCAAUAACGGCGGAAAUGUGUCGCAAUCUGCGUCGGCAUUCUACCCAAGCCCCUUCCAAAAGCACUUUGAGCAGCUCGACCAAGAUUACGAUGCUCAGCAAUCGCAGCCAAUGCUCGAAGACCUCGAACCUGAAGAAGUCAACGGCACCGUUCGAUCACCUGUUCUGCAUGGCGCAUAUCCGCCUCAGUUCGACCAUGCUCACUACCAGCAAGCACAAGGGAUGCAGGCUCCGCCGGCGAGUAUACCGAUCGCUACUGGCGGCAACUUUGUUGCAGAUUCUGGGAAUUCUGUAAUGGAUGCCGAUCCUUUCGGUCUCAGCGCAAGCAUGCACUAUCCCACAGGCUAUGCGUUUGAUCAACACGUGCGGCAUUGAUCGUGAAUGAGUAUCAUGAUGGCAAGAAGACUUUCAAUGUGGCAGCGACAGUACCGCUCUUGCACGUGCGGGCUACGAUGAGAUUAGCUCCCCAAAAAAGUGAUUUUUCAAGAAGCGUUUGAGCGUGGUUUGCAUUGCGAUGGGUUCAAAAAGCUAUCUUCGAGGGAGUAC